AAAAAAAAAAAAAAACGUGGGGACGAAGUUGGAAAAACCGUUGCUUGUAUUGUGUGCACCUUUUAUCCUCUCCCCCAAAUCUCUCUGCACCAAAGCCUAAUUUCAAAAUCGUUCGCAUUGUGUGCACGAACCCUAAAUUUCCACCGAAGGAGCCAAGAUGUCAGGUGCUGCGCUAGACAUGUCUCUUGAAGAUAUCAUCAAAAACAAUAAAAAAUCUGCCUCUCGAGGUAGAGGCCGCGCCGGCGGCGGCGGUCCCGGCCCAGCUCGCCGCCAGCCCAAUCGCUCCGCCAAUCGAGCAGCCCCCUACUUACCACCGAAGGCCCCGGAAUCGGUUUGGGCUCAUGACAUGUUCCCCGGCAGCGGUCGAGCUUCUGCUUCUAGCAUUGAGACCGGGGCAAAGUUGUACAUUUCGAACUUAGAUUAUGGGGUCUCUAAUGAGGAUAUAAUGGAGCUGUUUGCAGAGGUUGGUGACUUGAAGCGCUGCAAUGUAGAUUACGAUAGGACUGCCCGGUCAAAGGGCACUGCUGAAGUAGUCUUCUCAUGGCGACAAGAUGCAUUAGCUGCAAUCAAGAAGUAUAAUAAUGUUCAGCUUGACGGGAAGCCCAUGAAGAUAGAGCUUGUCGGAACAAAUAUUCCAACUGCUGGUGGUGCCAGAUUACCAACUGCCGGUGCUUUUCGUGAUCCAAAUGCUGUUCCUCCUAGACAAGGCAGAGGUGGUUUCGGAAGACCACGUGGUGGCGGACGAGGUCGUGGAUUUGGAAGGGGUGGCCGUGGACUUGGAAAGAGCCGUGGUGAGAAAAUAUCUGCCGAGGAUCUUGAUGCAGAUUUGGACAAAUACCAUGCAGAGUCAAUGCAAACAAAUUGAGUUCUCUCUUAUUGGAUUUUACUUGCAAGCUCUUGUGUGUUUGGUGUGCAAAGUUCAACAAAAUCUUUACUUUUUACCGACACUAGCUCUUUCAGACGAAACAGAGAACUCUGGUUUGGAAGUGCUUGCCUUUUUCUUUUUUUUUUUUUUCUCUUUUCCUUUACUUUU